AUGGAGACCCUUGCUGAGCAACAUCCAAGCGAGAAUUUUCGAGUCCUUCCUCUCUUUGUCAUAUUAACCCUCCUUGUAUACAUCAUCGUCGUCCACCCUCUCUUCCUUGGGCCAUACAGUCAUAUCCCAGGGCCUAAGCUCGGCAAAAUAUCUUGGUAUUACAUUGCAUGGUAUGAUUUUUGGCUUCAACGAAACGACAAAAUCGCAAAAUGGCACCAGAAGUACGGCAGCAUCAUCUGCUUUCGGCCUGGAGAAAUUUCCUUUGCUUCUCCGGAACUCAUGAGAGAAAUAUACGGAACAGCCGGGAAAUACACGAAGAGCGACCUCUUUGAGAAUUUCAUGGUAUAUGACCAGAAGCCUUUGUUUUCAAUCGGGUCGUAUUGGGAGCAUAGGAAGAAGAGGAUGUUGAUCUCUUCCUUUUACCACAACACGAAUAUUACAAGACCAGUCAUGGAGAAAUGGCUGAGAAAGAAUAUUCACAAACUUAUGGCAAAUAUUGACAAAAAAAUUGGCCAAACCCGGGGGAACAGCGAUGGAACCAUGGUUAAGGGCAUGAUAGAUGCGUAUCCUUUAUUCAAUUGCUUCGCCUUCGAUAACAUCACGCAUGUACUCUUCGGGUCAAAGUACGGAGCGAAAACGAUUGAGAAUGACUGUCCGGAGCGUAAGAUCCUUCUGGGGAUCAAGCAAGCGCAGAUGUGGGGCCCAUUCAAGUUCAAUUUUCCAGCACUUGCCUGGAUAGCUUCCAAGAUGAUGCACAUUCUCCCCGCGAACGUGGCCUAUCGACUUCUUCCAGAGACCUUGCGUCUCUGUCUCAAGUCCGAGGACGAAAUGGCUGAGUGGAAUUGGCGGUCGUUGCACGCUGCGCUGGCCGAUUUGGACUCUGUAGAGGAUUACACCCUUCUUCGACGCAUGCUUGCUUGCAGAACUAAGGACGGUAACACCUUGACCACGUCAUAUAUAGCCGCCGAGCUCUAUGACAACAUAAACGCAGCCCAGGAAACAGUGGCAGUUGGCCUUAUUUAUCUGAUCUUUCAUCUUGCAAGGCAAAAAGUAUGGCGAACUAAAAUUCGUAACGAACUUGCGGGUCUCAGCCUUACAGAGGAUGGCUAUCCGGGGUGGACGGAUAUAGAUGGUCUGCCCUUGCUUGAUGCAUUUAUGCGCGAAGUAUUGCGAGUUAAUCCUGGUGCCAGCGGACGACAGGAGCGGUAUAUUGAAGACCCGAAGAAGUAUUAUGGAGGUUUUCGCCUUCCCCUUCGUACUCGUGUCACCGCCUCCACCAUUGCACUACACCAUGACCCGCAGGUUUUCCCCGAUCCGGAAGAAUUCUGCCCUGAGAGAUGGCUCCACCAGACGGCCGAAAAGCUGAGGCAGAUGGAGAAGAGCUUCAUCCCGUUUGGAUAUGGAGCAAGGAUAUGUCUGGGAAAAGCUUUCGGGAUCAUGGAAUUGAAGAUGCUCGCUGCGUUCCUACUGCUCCGAUAUGAAAUCGAAACAACGCCGGAGAUGGGAGAUGGGAAAACGGGUCCAAUGUGGCAGUGCGGCUCCAUAGAAGCGGUACCAAUAGGAUUGAAGGGAGAAAUUGUAUUCACCAGAUUGCAUUCAAUGAGUAGCCGCUCUUCCACCAAAUACAUGGAACGGGACUGAAGUAUGACGGGAUUCAAACCUACUCCUUGUGCACCUUACAAAAGUAUAUACACACCUUUCUGCG